AUGGCUAUGAAUAAUUCAGAAUCAUAUCCUAGAUUUCUCCUUUCUGAAGUUAGUCAUUUCUGUGAAAGGAUUUUGAGUGUCGGUAUCAAGUUGUUAGUUUCUUUGCAGAGUAAGGGAAGCAUGCUGCAGAUAGCUCGCUCGUUUUCAGUUCCUAUAAACGAAAAAGAAGGAAAAUUAAGGAGAAUGGAUUCGUUCUUCCGAGUGGUCCCUUCAACACCGCGAGUAAAGGAAGGAGAAAUCAGUUCAAAUGCUUCAAACGGACCCGAUGCUGAAAACAAUGGCCCUGAUGGCGAGGACAUACCAGAAGAAGAGGCUGUUUGUCGAAUUUGUAUGGUUGAACUAUGUGAAGGAGGAUAAACAUUUAAGAUGGAAUGCAGCUGCAAAGGUGAGCUCGCGUUGGCACACAA